GGGCAAGCUGUCGUACUUAAUCAGGCCAAUGUUCAUUAUCCGGGCAGAACAGCUCAGUUCCGGAUUUUUACUACGCCUAAAAAUGGCGUCUCCGCACGGUGAUUGGUGUUUGAUAGAAAGUGAUCCUGGUGUUUUUACUGAAUUAAUCCGGGGCUUUGGCUGCACAGGAGUUCAAGUUGAGGAGUUAUGGUCGCUGGAUGACGAAACUUUACAAAGGCUAAGUCCAGUGCAUGGCUUGAUAUUUCUGUUUAAAUGGAGAUCUGGAGAAGAGAAUGAUGGUUCCAUUGUGAGAGACAAUCGGCUAGACGAAAUAUUUUUCGCUAAACAGGUGAUAAACAAUGCGUGUGCAACACAAGCCAUUAUUAGCAUUCUUUUAAACACCAAUCAUGCUGAUGUGCAGUUGGGCGAGAAUUUGUCAUCAUUUAAAGAAUUCUCUAAGCAGUUCGACCCAGCACUGAAAGGUUUAAGUUUAUCGAAUUCCGAUACGAUCAAAGAAGUUCAUAACAGUUUUGCAAGGCAACAAAUGUUUGAGUUUGAUAACUCCACAACUGGUGACGACAAAGAUUCGUAUCAUUUUGUUUCCUACAUGCCAAUUAAUGGUCGCUUAUAUGAGCUGGACGGGCUAAAAGAAGGACCAAUCGAUUUAGGUGUUGUACCAUUUGAAACAUGGUUAAAUCAAGUUAAACCAGUUAUUGAACGACGUAUGCAAAAAUAUUGUGCUGAGGAAAUCACAUUUAACUUGAUGGCAGUAGUCUCGGACCGCCAGCAAUUGUAUGAUACAAAAAUCAGUAAUCUUAAACAGCAAAAAGAUUGUUCGCAACAACAGAACGAAAAUGAAGGUAUCAUGCAAAACAUUAACGACGAAAUUUCGAAAUAUCAAGCGCUAAUUGUGCAAGAAACAGAAAAGAUGGCGCAAUACAAAAUGGAGAAUGUUAGAAGAAGACAUAACUAUUUACCCUUCAUUAUGGAACUGUUAAAAACGCUAGCAAAGAAGGAAGAAUUGUUGCCACUUGUACAAAAGGCACAAACCUUAACAAAGGCGAGGUUGGAAAGUGAGAACGCGAGAAAAGAACUUCUGAAAGCGAAUAAUAAAAAUUAAAUAGAUAAAUAAUAAGGCGAACCAAAAAGUCAGAUUAUACGCCUCUUCAGUGAUAAGAAAAUGUAAACUUUUAUAGACUGGCAUGUUACGUUAAUUUGCAGCGUUUAUGACUUGACGUAGGCUGUAACUGCGACGUUUCUUUUAUAGCUUUAGUUAGAAAUAGUACGUCAGGACUAAUGCUAAAAUAUGAAUAGUUGUAUUUAUUUUUCAAUUUCAUGUUUAACGAUGUUUCAUCUUA